UCAUGACAACCAUUUCAAUCAAAAUCAAGCACGGAGCAGAUCAAAUUGAAGUUAUAGAAAUAGACCCUAAUGCCACAGUGAAAGAAUUAAAGGAGAAACUCACACCUAAAUUUAAUUCAGAGCCUUCUUAAAUGAAGAUUAUUUUUUAAGGUAAAAUUCUUAAAGACGUUGACGUCCUCACAAAUGUCAAUGUAAAGGCUGAUUCUACCAUGCAUCUAGUUGUUACAAAAUGUAUUAAAAUAAACUAAAUUAGAACAAAACUAAUAACCACCCUAAUAAGCUCCAGGUCAAUAAUAAUAAUAACCAUAAUAACCCCUUGGAGGAUAAUAAGGUGGACUUCCAGGUUUAGGAGGAUUAGGAGGAGCAGGUGGCAUGGGAGGUAUGGGAGGCCUUGGUGGAAUGGGAGGCUUCGGUGGAAUGGGAGGACUCGGAGGAAUGGGAGGACUCGGCGGAAUGGGUGGUAUGGGAAUGGAUCCAUAAAUGAUGAUGUAGCUCCUCUAAAGCCCAAUGUACCAAGCAUAAAUGUAAUAAGUAUUUAACUUUUUCUAAAUAUUUUAGAUGAUGUAAAAUCCACAAAUAAGAUAACAAAUAAUGCAACAUCCUAUGAUUGCUUAAAUGAUUUAAACAAAUCCAUAACUUUAAUAAAUAUUUGAUAAUCCUUAACUAUUUUAAAUGAUGAUGAAUCCAUAAGCAAUUUAAAUGGCCUUAUAAGGAAUGGGCGGAAUGGGUGGAAUGGGAGGACUUGGAGGCCUCGGAGGAAUGGGCGGAAUGGGAGGCCUUGGUGGUAUGGGAGGCUUAGGUGGAGUUGGAGAUCAACCUAAUCCACCAAAUCCUAAUACUGCUUAAGUACCCCCUCCAAUUAAUUAAAAUGCUUAAAAUCCCCUUGGCGGUUUUGAUUUAUAAGGUUUAAUGAAUAUGAUGGGAGGUAUGAUUAUUGAAUUAAAUCAAAUUAGGAGGUGUUGGAGGAGCUGGAGGCCUUGGCGGUGCCCCAUUAACACAUGAAGCUGCAGAGUAGAAAUAUGCUACUUAAUUAUAAUAAUUGCAAGAAUUAGGAUUUACUAAUAAAUAAGUGAAUUUGGAGGCCUUGAUUGCCACUGGAGGAAAUGUUGAGGCAGCAGUUGAUAGAAUCUUAAAUAUGAUCGGACCAUGAU